UAACUGUUUUGAAUUUGUGCCGCCAUAUUUAAGUUGACGUAUUAUCUGACAUUUUAUGAAUAAUUUUAAUUAACUUUCAUAUACUUUUAUGUGAAUUUGCAAAUAAACAAAGCAUAUUUUGUUAUGUAAUAAAAGUGUGUACUUAUUGUAAGGUUUAUACUUUCAUUUAUACACGUGUUAAAUGAAGAGGUUAGGGCAGGUAACAAUGAAGCACGAAGAGCCACAGAAACAAUGCCGUUCUAAGAAAAUUGGAACUAGAGAAACCAUGGGUGAAAAAGAUAAGCAAAAUAACCAUCGUAUUACCCCAAACACGCAGCGGAAUGCGUCUGGGUGUAAUUGGGAAAUAUUUAAGAAUAUAGUAUUUAAUUCAUCAUCAUUAGAGUCGAAUACAUCUGGCAAAGAGAAUGUUAAAAAGAAAUCACUUUCUCAUCAGAAAGUAAGAAAGAAGAAUCAUUCGUCUGUGUCGAAUGUGGACCAUGUAACACAAAAUAAUGAAGAAGAAGUUUACGAUGAAAAUAAAAAGAAGUUGACAAAGCAGAUAUCCAUGGAUUGCGAGAUGGUAGGCAUAGGCGAUGGCACAGAGAGUAUGUUAGCUAGAGUGUCCAUCGUAAACCGUCAUGGCUUUUGUGUUUACGAUAAAUACGUAAAACCAAGAGAACCUGUGCAAGAUUAUAGAACUAAAGUUAGUGGUAUUCGUCCUCACAAUCUUCAAAAUGGAGAAGAGUUUGAGGUUGUUCAAAAAGAGGUAGCAGAAAUGUUAAGAGGUCGUAUUUUGAUUGGACAUGCAUUGAAGCAUGAUCUUGACGUACUGUAUCUCUCUCAUCCAAGAAAACAUUUAAGAGACACUUCCAGGUUUAAAACUUUCCGCCAGUUGUCUAGAGGAAAUACACCCAGUUUAAAGAAGCUUGCACAUGAAUUAUUAGGUAGGGAAAUACAAGUAGGAGAGCACAGCUCUGUUGAAGAUGCAAGAGCUGCAAUGCAGUUGUAUGUACUGUAUAGAAAUAAGUGGGAGUCUGAAUUCUAUUCUAAACGAUAAUUUAAAUUAAAAAUGAGAUGUUUACCUUCAUUAUUGAGAAGUUCUACAAAUAAUGUACAUACAUCUUGUGAAAAAAUUUCAUGAAUUCAAAUAUUUUAUAGGUUUGUUUCCUUUAAACAUAAAAUUGUAGAAAUUCUACAUAAAUAUAUUUUAUAUCAGCAAUUAUUGUGUUGAACAAUUUAAUUCAAUUACUCAUGAUUAUCAAGGACCAGUUUUCAGAGACUUCAUGAUCCUGACAACAGUUAUAAACUUCACAUCAUUAACUAUAACUACACUGUAAAUAAAACAUUGUUAUCAGAGUGUAAAAACUUGUGUUAAAAAA